UAUUACAUUUAUUGAGGAUGCAAUCUGGGGGCGGCGAGCUAUCCCGAGAAAGGAUCGUCCCCUACGAGUGUGGGGAAUGCUCCGAGAAGUUCUUCUCUUAUAAGAAUUACAAAAAUCACAUGACAGAUCAUAUCAUGUCGGCAGAAGAGGUAGAGCAGCGUGUUAUGGUGAGUAAUGUUUACCAGUGCACUGCAUGUGCCCGCGAGUUCAAAGACAAAUCUCUCCUUACCAAGCACUUUAACAUGGAACACGCUAAGAUAGCACGCCUCACAGGAGAUAGAAAGCAGAGAAAAUCACCGAUAAAAGUGGGUGCAAUUUCAGAAACCUUCGAGUCUCCAUCAAAACGGGAGAUGAGGGCAGUGGAUAUCAGUUACAGGAGAUCCAGCUACGAGUAUACUAAUUCCCAUCCUCAUCAAGUGACUGGUUCAGAAUUAAAAGGAAGGUUUGCUUGUCCGGAUUGUUUGAGAGAGUUCCUGAACCCCACAGCUCUGGAAGGGCACGUCAACAAAUACAAAAACAAGAAACUCUACUGCUGUUCCUUCUGUGAAAAAAAAUUUCACUUCCGAACUUCAUGGAAGAGGCACGAGGAAUGUCAUAAGUCAGAGAGACAAGUAUGGCAAUGUGAUUCGUGUACCAUGACCUUUACUCAGAAGGUAAACCUAAAGAGGCACAAGGAGGGUAACAAGAACCCUUGUGGGACUGGAAACAGGUUAAUGUCUAUGAGACUGUACCGAGACCGAACAACACUGCACUGUCUCAAACCGGUUAGCUCAGCUUCUCUAGCACGGUACGCUGCAAGUGACGAGGAGGAAGAGGAGGACGAGCUGGAAGAAGAAGAGGAGGAGGAGGAGGACCGGGGUCCGGAAACAAAACCUAGUACCCCCGAGCCAAGCACCACAUCCAUCGACAACUCUCACAUCCAAAAAGGAGAAGCGUUCUACGCGUGCAGCGUGUGUGACAAGCUGUUCACGUACCGGUCUCUGUGGUCACGACACGAGAAGGAGCACCACACCAGCAAGAGUUUCGACUGCAGUGUUUGUGGCACCAAGUUUACACGUCAGUACUAUCUGGCAAGGCACCGUAAGAUGUGCCUGUCUCGCAUGAACGCUCAAUCUAGUGAUUCUCACAGGAUAACCACGAGACCUGAACAGAGGUUUGGUGGCAAGUCUAGAUAGAACAAAACCGGGUUCAAACAAGAACUGACUCUAAUACAGUGAGUCUUGUGGUAUGAGGCCGAGUGAAGCUAUUGUGGAAUGUGGAGUUAUUUGUUUAUAUAAAACGUACUGUUGUGUAGUAAAACUGUUCUUAGUGUAAAGAAAGUUAUCUGGGAAGCAAUGAUAUCAUGAUACAGAGUGUCUUCCCGCAAUCCAAUGCUCCGGAAUCUGUUUAUUCAAUUUCAGAACGAGAAACUUUUCAUUAAAGCUAUCACAGUGCUACCAGGCUCAGGUUGGAUCUCCAAGAAAAUAAUCUUAAUUCUAUGUGCAACGUUACGUGAUCUCACCAUAUUAAAAUAUUACUGUCUACACGACAAAGUAAAAAAGAGAACCAAGUGAGUGCAUUAUGUGCAUUGUUCACUGAACACUGACCUAUAUGCGUGUAACUCCUUAUAAUUUACAGGGGGUAUGUGGGGAGGGGGUAGGGUAUGUUGGGUGGGGGAGGGUGGGGUAUGUGUUAAUGCGCCUCAAGAUCAAACCAGCGGAGUACAACUGUGAUCUUAAUUUUCCCAGACUCUACAGCUUGUAUGUAAUCAGUUACUAAUUUUAAGUAAGCAUUUUAUUCAAUCGGUUUGAUGCGGAAAGUAUGUUUUGGUCUCAUUGAAAUUUGAUCUGUAUUUGCAACUUAUUCAGUAAUUUGUAUGGUAUGUUUCUAUUCAUUUCAAUCGUCGAGAGUAAUUAUAAAAACAUCUAAUUUUACAUCAUAUUUGAAA